CGGCGGCGGCUCCCGGAAUUGGGUUGGAGCAGGAGCCUCGCUCGCUCCCUGGCUCGCGGCGCUCGCGGCGCUCAGUCCCCCGGCGGCAGCGGGGAGCCUGGACCCUGGACCCGGGCGCCGCCGGCGGGCGUGAGGCGCCGGAGCCCCGCCCCGGAGCGGCCCCGCGCGCGCCUAGCAAGGAGCCUGCGCCCGGAGACAAUCCCCGGGAGCGCCGCCGGCCGGUGCCCCGCACGCCCCGGGCCAUGCAGCGGCGGCCGCAGCGGAGCUCGGAGCGGCGGUAGCGCCCCCUGGGAAGCGGCCUGUGAUGCCCCGGCCGCUGUGAACGGUGCUGCCCGCGCCAACACUUCCCGGAGCCCCGGCCACGCGGAGCCUCGGACACGCUCGACUCUGCGCGCCCGCAGCUGGCACCGAGGAAUCCCGGAGAGCGGCGAGCGCGGGCAAGGCCUCCCCGCACGGGCGGCGGAGCGGGGAAGCCUGCCGCCGGUGCAGCUCGGGGACCCACACUUGGGCUUAACCCCCUAGGCGGCUGGGGAUGUCGCUGUGGACGAGGUGGCAUGGACCCACCAUGGCGCGCCUCUGGAGCUUCUGCUGGUUGGCGCUGGGCUUGUGGAGGCCCGCUGUCGCCUGUCCCGCGUCUUGCACGUGCAGUGCCUCUCGGAUCUGGUGCAGCGACCCUGUGCCCGGCCUCAUGGCGUUUCCCAGGCUGGAGCCCAACAGUGCAGACCCGGAGAACAUCACCGAAAUCUUUAUUGCAAACCAGAAAAAGUUGGAAAUCAUCAAUGAAGAUGAUAUUGAGGCUUACGUGGGACUGAGAAAUCUGACAAUUGUGGAUUCCGGCUUAAAAUUUGUGGCUUACAAGGCAUUUCUGAAAAACAGCAACCUGCAGCAUAUAAAUUUUACCAGAAACAAACUGACGAGUUUGUCUAGGAAACAUUUCCGUCACCUUGACUUAUCCGAGCUGAUCCUGGUGGGCAAUCCGUUUACAUGUUCCUGUGACAUUAUGUGGAUCAAGACUCUCCAAGAGACCAAGUCCAGCCCAGAAACUCAGGAUUUGUACUGCCUAAAUGAAAGCAGCAAGAAUAUUCCCCUCGCAAACCUGCAGAUACCCAAUUGUGGAUUGCCAUCGGCCAGUUUGGCUGCCCCUAACCUCACUGUGGAGGAAGGAAAAUCCAUCACGUUGUCCUGUAACGUGGCAGGUGACCCGGUUCCUAAUCUGUACUGGGAUGUCGGUAAUCUGGUUUCCAAGCACAUGAACGAAACGAGCCACACCCAGGGCUUUUUAAGGAUCACUAACAUCUCAUCAGAUGACAGUGGAAAGCAGAUCUCCUGUGUGGCAGAGAAUCUUGUGGGAGAAGAUCAAGAUUCUGUCAACCUCACUGUGCACUUUGCACCGACGAUCACAUUUCUCGAAUCGCCCACGUCAGACCACCACUGGUGCAUUCCGUUCACUGUGAAAGGCAACCCCAAACCAACACUGCAGUGGUUCUAUAACGGGGCCAUCUUGAAUGAGUCCAAGUACAUCUGCACUAAGAUACAUGUAACCAAUCACACGGAGUACCACGGCUGCCUCCAGCUGGAUAACCCCACCCACAUGAACAAUGGAGACUACACUCUGAUAGCCAAGAACGAGUAUGGGAAGGACGAGAGACAGAUUUCUGCUCACUUCAUGGGCUGGCCCGGCAUUGAUGAUGAUCCAAACCUGAAUUAUCCUGAUGUAAUUUAUGCAGAUUAUGGGACUGCAGCGAAUGAUAUUGGGGAUACCACGAACAGAAGUAAUGAAAUCCCUCCCACAGGCGCUGCUGACAAUGCAGGUCGAGAACAUCUCUCGGUGUACGCUGUGGUGGUAAUUGCGUCUGUGGUGGGAUUUUGCCUGCUGGUGAUGCUGUUUCUACUAAAGUUGGCAAGACACUCCAAGUUUGGCAUGAAAGGUUUUGUUUUGUUUCAUAAGAUCCCACUGGAUGGGUAGCUGAAAUAAAGACAAGGCAGAGAAAGGGGCGGUGGUGCCUGUUGGUUGAUGCUGCCCCUAAGCCGGACUCUCGGGACUGCUGUUGGCUUAUCCGGGGACAUGCUGCUUUCCUGGGGGUUUCUGUAGAUGCAGGCGGUGUUUGGAGACAAGGACCACAUGAAGCCUGCGUGUAUUGUGCGCUGUGAUGGGGGACACCAAGGCAGAGGCGCCUUCCAGGCAGCUAAGCAGCAACUCCAGAAAACAUCUCAAAUUAAUCCUUCUUUCCUGUUCGUAGCAUAGUUCAAACGCAGCAUUACAAUGAAAUGCCAUUGGCUUGUGCUUCUCUCCCGAAAGUGUGCUGUUUGACCAUACUGGAAAUGCAUUGAUUUUUUUCAUGACUUCUCUGUGUGUUGAAGGUGAACUGCAAAAUUAAAAAAGAAAAGAAAAGAAAAUCUAAAUGUAGGAACAGGUCAAAAUCUACACUAAACACUCUAACCCACAUGUAGCUGGUAUGCCUGCAUCCUUGGCUGUUGCUCUCUCAUCAGCACUGAAUUCAGAGGGUGUGUCUUCUCCAUCUAUAACUAAAAGAGUUAGGGCACACACACACACACACACACACCAGUGCUUUGGUGUUGCCACUUAAAGGUCUUUUCCCUCAGUGCCAAUGAGAAUCCAAAUUUUCAACCUAGGUUUCAGCCUCAUUCAGGGCUAAUGAUUGCCUUAAAGUUCACGAGACAGCAGGAAAAAAAAAAGGAGUAGAAGCCCCUGUCUGGGGCGGUUUUUGCUGUUCCACAUAGUUUCAGAGUACCUGAAAGAGUGGAAUAUAUGCAUAUGGUGAAAUUAUAACCUGUCCCUUUUUGUGUGCCCUCGGCGAUCCGCCUGCUUUUUAGAAGUCUGCCCGGUGAGGUGGCCGAAGCGCCUCAUGCUGUUUGCCUGAUAGGAUGGCAGGUUUUCUACUCUGCAGAGGCCUGCGAGCAGAAUGGUCGGCCUGCUGUGAGCAGGAGAGGACCCUCUGAGGAGGGGGGGCCCCCACUGCUGAGUGUGCAGGGGCAGGAGGGCGCAUCCUGCCCCCGGCACACACACACGCAGGUGGUGGGUCACACUGCUGAACCCUUCUGCACGGCUGACAGGGCAGCCUCAGGACCCCAGACUGCUGCGUCCCCUCGGAGCCGGACCCCUGCACACCUGUUCAUUCACUUGGCCCUCUCGGUGGCCUUCCUGUGCUCUGUGCGGUCUGUACCAGGUAGCAUCCAUGUCCUGAGCGAGACCUGGCUGCCCCCACCCCACCUCAACUCCCCUUCCCCUCUCUCUUUCCCAUGAGCCUCCUUCCUUCUCCCUUCCUUCCUGCAACAUAAGUCCCCAUCAGCCCUGACCGCUAGAAUGCCCAUAGUUGCCGUGGCUGAAUUGGAAAUGUAUUGCAUUUAAAAAAAUUAUUUUCCUUUGAAAUAAUUGCCCAUGUACAGCAGUGCAUCCUUAAGGAUUCACAGAGUUUUAACUUGCCCAGCAUUUGGGCAGCACUGUUUUGAAUCCUAUGUACCGAAGCACUCAUCUGAAUAUACCUGGACCCAUUUUGGCACCAUUUGGUAGAAGAACUUCAAUGAUGAAUAGUUCAUACUGUUAUCUCUGACGUUAGCCACGAUGUUAUUGCUCCAUGUGUACGUUUCACAGGGCCCUGUGCAUUAUAGCUUCUGAUGCGUCUCCUCCGUAGCCUUGCCACACAGAAGGGCAGUUCCUCCAAAGCAUAAACACGCUGCUCAUUUGCAGUUUUUUUUUCGGACUCCGUUGGCAUGGCAGGGUGGCGGCUCUCCAUCCAUGUGAUGAGGUCCCAGAUAGUCUGCAUGUCCAGGUACCUACUCACUGCUAAUGACAGCUCCUGGCACAACCUACGUGUCCAUCUUUCCCAAAGGUGUCGAUUUAUGAAGAGGCCAGAGAACAGCAGAAAUCUUGACACCCCCCCCCCCCCCCCGGAGAGAAAAAUGUGAGUCAGGCAGGUGCUCAGGAUGGCAAAUAUUUUCCCAUGUGGGCCACUGGAUAAAAAAAAAAAAUAGUUUUAAGCUUUCAUGGUACUCCAUAGAAUCAUUAAAAAAAAGCAACAGAUUGUGUAAAGGCUAUCUUAUAGAUUUUUCUUAUACCCAAAAGGAAGGGAAAAAAAAACCCCAGCUGCAUUGAGCACCUCCAAGGAUUGCAAGCUAGAUAACACAAUUUAAUAUAUCAAAGAUCAGUUGCCGUCUCCUAGGGACUGAUGAGAACAGCAGGCUCCGAGAAAAUUGUUGCGGAUGGCUCUUGUGUUCGCUGCCUUUUUCUUUUGUCUACGCCCAAAGACUCUGGUCAGAGACGUGGCUUCUCUUUCCUGAGCUAACAGCCAUCCUCUUUCAUCCUGCAUUUCUUUGUGUGUGUCUCUUUAAGAAAUGGGCUGCUUGGUGCUGCCUUCAUGGCGCGCGUUUAGUUUUCAGCAUUAGAAGAGGAAGCGGUGGCACUUUUGCUGAGAACAGAUCUGUUGCUCUCCAACAGGGAUCUGGCACGUGGGUGCCCCUCAAGUCCCCUGUCUGAGCAGAGGGGUCUGGGUGGAGCCAAGGCCAGCUUCUUAAGGGGGCUUCUGUGGCCCCGCCCCAGCCACCUGCACCCCAUGGGAUGGGUGGGUGGGGAGACGGAGGGGGCAGGUUUCCCAAUCUGUGAUUCUUUCAGAGAUAUGUGAAACCUGGAUUUUUAUGUGCAGUAUCCCUGUUUUUGCAAAGUUGGCUCAGUUAUUUUUAAAACAUUAUGUAGGCCAACAAAACAUGUCUGUGGGCUGCCAGUUUUGUUACUUUUGUCUUGAAACACCAUCAUUGUUCUCUCUGCUGUCUCCUUCUGUCUCUCCUUUGCAAACUCACACUUCUUUCCCCCUGACAUCUCCGUGGAGAGCUUUGUUGUUAACAAGCUACGGAACUGAAUUGAGCAGCCCAGUGAACUGCAAUGUGGCCAUCACCUUUGCUGUUGGCCUGUGGAAGCCGAGCCCACAGUGACCCUCAGCUCUCAGCGGGCCUGGGGAUUCUGCAGCCACUGCCUGUCCCCUGUCCCCUGGAUGCUUCCACUUCCUUGUGGCCAGAGGCACCCCAGUGUUUCACCGGACAUGGAGGGACUGUAUUCCAUCAGCAUCUGUGUCUCCUGGCCCCCACAGGUGCCUUGAGGUUGAGAGCAGAAAAGUAGACAGGUGUCCUUAGUGUAUAGUAGCAACCAUUGGUUAACUGGAAGACACUUGUGUCAUCUUCAAGACAAGUGGCCGAGGCAGGCUCUAUAUCUUGUUCACUGUCCCUCUAAAGGGAGUCCCUUGAAAUCACAGAGUCUACAGCUAGACAGAACCAGCCCCUCUCUCUCCACCACCACCAUCAUCACAAGAGAUGUCCACCCCAUGACGACAGCAAAAGCACCAACAGGAGGAGUAAGGAUGGUUUGCCUCUCAACAGGGAAAUGGAUCCCAAUUGGAAUCAGAGAGAAUCCGUCCAGAGUGCUCAUCCCCACUCUCCCAACAGGGACUGUUAGCAUUCCCGGCCCGCUGAAUUUGCUCAGUGGGGAAACAGGCAGGGCCAGCCCCAUCCUGGAACACUGACCCCCGCGAGUUUGCUCUGACUCUAGGCUUUUCCAGCAACCUUGCAUGGGCGCCCCGAGUGGCUGGGGCUUGAGGCAGGUCCUCCGGGCAGAGACCGCGCUGACUCAGCAGUCUGGGGGCACCCAGUCCCUUGUCAGAUGUGAAGGCAGGCGCCUGCCUUGUCCCUCUCCUUUUCUCUGCUCUAUUAUUCUCUCGGCAUCCCUUGCUGUUUUUUCUCUUUCUACAUCCUUGGUGGAUCCCAGGACAAGCCGAGAGUGGAUUCCAGUUUGUUUCACUGGCUGCUUUGCCCAGUUGUAACAAACACUAUGUUUCUUUUUCCUGUUGCAAACUGGCAGGAAACCCUAAGCAGAGCUGCCCCUGCUCUCCUCUGGCUUGUCUGCAAGAGUGCAUGGUUUGCAUGGCCACCUGCUUUGGUGCUUGCUGCCGGGAGUUCUUCCCUUGGUUUGGAAAUUGCUACACUACGAUAGACACUCCCUUCACCUUGCUUUGUCUAGACUUUGGAUGCACAGGGCAAGCAGCUCAGAGUAGCGAUUCCACAUGAUACAGGCUUCCACCAUCUCAGCCUUAACUCCUCUCUGUCCACUCUGUGACCGUGGGGCCCGCUGGGGUUGUAAACUCAACACAUCUGAUGCCAUGAAAAGCUGUGCAGGAGCAGCUGUUGUAUUAUGAAGCGUGUCCUGCUAGGUUCAGUACUAGGUUCAGUUUUGCUAGGCUCACAGCACCUGGGGAGCCCUACCGACUUGAUCCAAGAGUGCCUGGGGAGGUGAAAGGCUCUCCUGGACACAGCAUGGAUUUAAUUUGCUGUAGGUGCUGACAGAUUGAAUUAGGCUGACAGAACUCCCCACUCACAGAGUUACAUGACAGUGGUUGUCACAGAAGGCAGCUUCCUGUGGCCAGCCCAGUUCUCCUGGUUUGGUUUUCAGAGGUAAAGGAAUUUUCCCACCUUCUUCAUUGGUCAGUGAGAUCACUCUAAAUUUAAUUCUUACGUUGAUGUGGCCCUGUGGCCCCGGUAUGGUCUGUAGUGAGCACCCAGAAUGCAUUGGACCUGCCCUCAACUCCCCACCACCACAAACCCAUUGACUACUUCCAGAGUCUUGGUGUUCAUGCAAAUUAAAUAAAAUAUAUUUGUGAGCAGUGGAGAAACAGAACAGAGUUCUUUUUUCCCCACUUGUGUUAUAGGUGUGCCCUUUAUGAGAGAUUCCCAGGAAAGACAAAUCCUUGAGCCUUACCUGCUUUGUGUCCCAAUCCUUCUGCCAUAAUCCAGAGACAGCCUGUCACUCAUUCUCGGGCCUGUUUUUUUCCCCCCUGUAGUGGCCCAGGUCUUUGAGCCAUGUUUUCACAUUUCCUGUAAAUAAUGGAUAAUCAUUUUUUUAAAAUUUUAUUUUCAAGUGCUGUUAUAACACUGUGGAUAGACCAUAAAUGUACUUGCUGAAUUCAUUCAUUUUUUUUAACAAGCCAAUAAAGUUUUACAGUUCA